AUGGCAGUCCUUCCGACAGUAAUGGGAGCCACAUUUGAGCAGCUGUCCGCAUACCUGCCCGCAGCGCGCAUCUGUCAACCAGCAGGGCACGUUUUUCAAUACCCGCUUGCCGCACAGGCACGCCUUUUCGGUCAAGAAUGGACACUUGGGACAGUUCUCCUCGUCCGUGUGGCAGGUAUGUGGGGCUUGAGGAUGGCCACAUCGCUUAGGACGCUCGCAGGGGAAGUUGCAAGCAGGCGGCUUCGCACCGCACGGUUGCGGUGGGUACAGAACAGAUCUUCCGCAAUUACACGAGAUCUCUUCGAAUAUUGCUUCCCUGCAGGUGUUGCAAGCGCCCUUGUGGCAAAGCUCCGGACAUGUGUGCCUUCCGCAUUUCAGCAUCCGGCCACAUAUGCGGGUACAGAUAUGCUCUGCUUCAAUGUCUUCCUCGGCAGGACGAAGAUGGGACCUGAGCUUACGACGCGCCGCCUGGCGCUCGUUGGCCCUUUGCUCCCCUGGACAGCACCUUUCAGUGCACGUGUGCCGACCGCAGUGCAAGGUCGCCUUGCACUGGCGUGGGCACUGGGGAGGCUCAUUCUGGCCUUGAUGGCAGAUAGUCAAGUUAUUAGUACGGCCGCAAUUGCACUUGAUGUAGACAUUUCGCAAACAGGCGCCACAGGGUCCAGUGUGACACAAUUUAUCGCAAGGAUGACCGCAUGGCAGUGUCUUGCCACACGGCUUCUGACAGUUCAAAAUGGGGUCUUCGCAAGAAGUCCGAGGUGUAUAUCCCGGUAUCUCAGAUAG